AUGGGAGAUUUGAAUCCAACCUCAAACAUCCCUCCACCUAUCUUGCAUUCAAGCUUUCUAGAAAAAACUCUUCACAUAAACUCUUCUGCAUCACUUAUUCACAGUUACAAGAGUAUUUUCAAUGGUUUUGUCGCCCGAUUAACUUAUGAUGAGGUUCACCUGAUUUACUCAAGGGAAGAAGUUGUGUCAAUAUUUCCUAAUGGAAAAAAUUAUAUGUAUACUACAAGAUCAUGGGACUUUUUGAAAUUUCCUCGAACAAUUAGAAGAGCGAAUGAAGUUGAGAGUAACAUCAUUGUUGGAGUAAUAGAUUCCGGAAUUUGGCCAGAGUUAGAUAGCUUUAGCGAUAUUGGAAUGGGAUCUCCACCGCCCAAAUGGAAAGGCUCAUGUAGUGGGCUACUAAAUUUCAAAUGUAACAAGAAAAUAAUUGGAGGAAGGUACUACAAAAGAAAUGGCCUUUUCUUACAAGAUGAUAUCAAGUCUCCAAGAGAUACCCUUGGUCAUGGAACUCAUGUAGCUUCAAUCAUUGUCGGAAAUCUUGUUAGUUCGGCAAACUUUUAUGGUUUUGGUGAAGGUACAGCACGAGGAGGAGUCCCUUCUUCGAGGAUUGCGGUAUAUAAAGUAAUUUGGUCUGAUGGUGCUUAUGACGCCGACAUCAUUCUCGCAUUCGAGGAUGCCAUCAAUGAUGGGGUUGACAUAAUAUCAGUUGCUGUGGGAAAAUCAUUUUUUAGAAACUAUAUGCUAAAAAGUUAUAUGAGAGAUUCUACAGCUGUUGGGAGUUUUCAAGCAAUGAGAAAAGGAAUUAUGACAAUAUGUGCUGCCGGAAACGAUGGCCCUGGACAUGAAACUGUCGUGAAUGUUUCUCCAUGGGGUCUUACCGUGGCAGCAAGCACGACUGAUCGAAAGUUCAUGAACUAUUUGAUGUUGGGUGAUACUCAUAUUUUACAGGAAUCUUCAUUGAAUGGAUCUACAUUGAAUGUGUUUGAUGAUACUAAUUUCUCCACUUUGGUGUAUGCUGGUGCUGUGCCAAAUAUAAAAGAGAAUAUUUCUAGUGAUGCAGCAAGACUUUGUCAAUCCGCAAACUCACUAGAUGCUAGACUUGUAAGAGGUAGGAUUGUCAUUUGUAUUGAAAACAAUUCGGGGGAAGCAGCUAUUUCCGCGGGUGCAAUUGGUAUGGUGAUAGUAUGUCCUCGCCGCAAUUAUGGGUUAGAAGAUUCAAUCUCAUCUUCCCUCCCAACAACUUUUCUUUACAAUAAAGAAUCAAGCAUGCUACUGAGAUAUUUGCGAAGAUCAAGGAAUUCAUCUGUAAGCAUAUCGAAAAGUCAUGAAAUAUUUGAUCUAUUUGCACCAUAUGUUGCACCCUUAUCAUCAAGGGGACCAAAUCCUGUAACACCUGAAAUUCUUAAGCCGGAUUUGUCUGCGCCUGGUGACAGAAUUUUGGCAGCAUGGAUACCUACGGUAUCUCCUUCAUUUUCGAUUAUAGAUACGAGAAGAUUGUCCUAUAACAUUAUUUCAGGCACAUCAAUGGCAUGCGCACAUGCUGCUGCUGCAGCCGCUUAUGUAAAAUCCUUUCAUCCAUCAUGGUCUCCGUCUGCUAUAAAAUCUGCACUUAUGACCACUGCAGGCCAGAGAAACCAUCUUGCAGAAUUUGGUUAUGGAGCAGGCCAGAUAAACCCUGUAAGUGCCAUUAAUCCUGGCCUUGUGUAUGAUGCAAAUCUAGCUGAUUAUGUGCAGUUCUUGUGUGGCCAAAACUACACUAACAAACAGUUGAGCCUUGUUACGGGUGACGAAAUUGUUUGCACUCAUUAUGGGAGUAAAGCUUCUUUAAAUCUUAACAUGCCUUCAUUUUCCAUCCCUAUCAUUCCGUCAAAUACUCCUUUUAACAUCUCCUUGAGUAGGAAAGUUACCAACGUGGGAUCGUUAAGAUCUACUUACUUCGCCAAGAUUCUUACUCUGCCUACAUUCAGAAUACGAGUGGUUCCGAGCACACUUUCUUUCACUUACGUUGGACAAACUCAGUCAUUUAGAUUGAUUGUUGAGGGAAUAAUGAAACCAUACACGGCAGUUUCGACUUCUUUGUCAUGGGUAAGUGACACAAACACAGUGAGAAGUCCCAUUAUUAUUUUGGAUGAUACGAGAUCACGAUAA